AUGCUCGAGCCCCGUGACAAGAGAAAGACUUCCCAGGAACCGGGCGAACCGUCGUCACCGGACGGUUUGCGGGAUACCAAGCGAUGUCGAGUUGAAGCGAAUUUCUGGGAUGAAGCCGGCAAUCCAGACGUUGCAUCCAAAUCCGACCGAACGCUGCCAGCCGAACUAUUCACGCAAAACAGCAGAGGCGAUCUCAUGCUGAAAGACGAGAGCCUGUCCAAAGUACUCAGCAAAAAGACUGGGCCCAUCAUGAAGAUCACAGGGGCCUCGCAGCUGACUUUGAAAGACAACCGCCUGUACAUCAGUGGAGGUCCUGCCGUGCUGGAUGCAGUGAAGAUGUAUGCUGACAUCGUUGUCCGAGCUUCAGUAUCAGCGGACUAUGAUUGCUGCAACAUGGUACGCCUAUACGUGUCUGAAGACUUUGCGCAAACAUUUUCGCAGAAGGAAGAAGCAGAAAUUGAGCUUUCUGAAGGGGUGUUAAUCGUAGUCGAGCGGCAGAAGGAUGCAAGUGACAUGCAGGUCGGGGAUAGCAUUGAAGCUCGUGGUCAGCAUGGCCACUGGAGAAUGGCGACUGUCGUCAAACUUCCAGGUUCUCAGUGCGUGAUGGCACGUAAUCUUUCUGACCUGCGUGAGGAAGUGGUUCCUGUGCGUCGAACUCGCAGGGCGAGAUCCAUUGCAGUUUUUGGCAAGGCUGCAAACCGCCUGGCGGCCGCGUUACGCGUGGCAGCCGCUUUCGAAGAGGCAAUGAUGCAGAUGAUGCGGUCCACAAGUACGGUCAUUCUGCCUCUCCGAGACGCGAAAACUGACAGGAACAAUGACUUGUUGGACACAUUAAUGGAAGAGGAGGGUGAAGAAAACACCUGUGAACUUGCUGUUCUGGGGGAGCCUCUCGCCAGAGCAGUCGCAGAGUUGCGAAUUAGAGCCUUGGUGGAGAAGCACAAUCCUGGCUAUGCAGAGAAGGUGCGCCUUGCGGACGAGCAAGAUUCGACAAUGGAGGUGGACGCGGGCCUUGGGGUGGAGCAGAUAUCGCUUGAAGCGGAGCUGGAGCAAAUGGAAGAAAGCAUGCAGAUCGCCAAGCAGCUGGCUGGAGCUGCUGGUUGUUGUGUUGAGAUUGCAGCCAGCUGCGCCUUCUUCGCUGGCGGCAAGAAACAGCGCGAUCGCUGUAGGGAGUACCUUUCUUGGGUGAAUGCUUCCUUGAACUCCCGCAUCCGUGGUCUGGGAAAAAGAAAUGAUGUGGCGCUCAAGACAAAGGUGCCUCCAGUCAUUGCCGAGUUGCCAUGGCUUCAACGCAAGUUGGCGACACUGGCAGUGGACAGCAGCGCCAUAGCCUUCUUUGACAUGGAACACGAAGAUGCAGGUGGUCCCACGAGGCGCUUGGUCUUUGCUGGAAGCGCAUUGGCCGACCGUCCGCGUCUUGUAACAACGCUUCUGGCAGAAGCAAGUGUCUUUAUCGACAAGGCCAAAUUCUACAAGGAGAAGGAUUGGUCCCUGGAGGAGUGCAUCGAGGCCGAGGCGAAGGAAAAGUUGGAGUUGAAGGAAGAAAGCAAGGUAUUUUUCGAGAACAUCACGGAGGGCCAGCAAAAAGGCAAAGAUGGCAAGGGACGUGGCAAACAGAAGGGAAAAUCUACAAAAGGCAAAGGAGAAGGUGCGAAGGAUGAUCAGGAGAAACUGCGGGAAUCAAGUGAGGACAAGAAGGAGCAGGACGAUGCAUCUGCGCGUCCUGCCGGUACUGAUGGCAAAAGUGGAAGUCGCAAAGAUGCCGGUGGAAAAGGUGCCAGCAGCAAAGGUGCUAGCGGCAAGGGCAAGAACAAAGGCAAAAUCUGUUUUGGAGAUGGGGAAUUGCCAAUACUGGCCCUGUCACGCACUGCUGGCGACGAUCGAGAAGCAAAUCUCGCAUCUUCCAUUCCUCCUUCGACCUCCGAAGAUCUGCCAAUGGCUGCGCAGGUUGCCUUGGCCCAACCAUGCACGCCAGCACCCAUCAACAGCCUACCAAAGAAGGCUCCCACCGGAAAGACUGAAGAGCCCAAAACAAAACAAGCAUCAAGACCGCGUGGUGCACCGCCGCCUGCCAGCGCUGCAGUUGUCAGUUCCGGAAGCACGCCCGAACUGCCCAUCUCAGCACCUCUCAAUAAGGCCAGCGCUCAAGCACGUGUUGCCCCACCGAUAACACCAGCUGUGCCAGCAGCAGAACAGGCACUUCUGGCUCAGCCACAGACAGCUGCCCUGCCCCAUACAGCAGGCCAGGUCGAAACCAUUGCGCCACCAAGAACUCCGGCAAUGCCUUCUGAGCGCCUGCCUGCUCCAAGCACACCUGCGCCAAGUGUUGCAAGGGAAGAGUAUGGAAGAAGCCCUGAAUCCGUGGCUCCCCCGAAGACCCCAGCGAUGCCUUCGGCCUACUCCCGUGCAGACUCCGUGCCUCCGCCAAGGACACCAGCAGUACCUGCAUCACACGCUCAAGCUGCGUCUGUGCCUCCACCACAGACGCCUGCAUUACCUUUUCCGUCCCGUGCCGAAUCCGUUCCUCCACCAAAAACUCCGGCAGUGCCUCUUACAAAUACUCGACCUGCAGAGUCCGUGCCUCCCCCAAGAACACCUGCGGUGCCAUUGUCUGCAAUCCCUGGAAGUUCCGUGGCUCCCCCACAGACCCCUGCUAUGCCCCACCACGCUCGCGCGGGGGUGGCUCCGCCGAAGACACCAGCGGUGCCGCUGGCACACUCCCGUUCACCCCUGGCAGCAAGCAACGUGAUUCCUGGACCACAAACUCCAUUCCCAUGCCGCACCGCUUCAAGUUCCCCUGCACCGCCACGAACACCAGCAGCCCCGGCAUCCUGGAAGCCACUGCAAGAGCCGCAAACGCCAGCAGCUUCACGUUCGCCACCUAUUGCCUUAACCGAAGCUCAGGCAGUAGCUGCAAGCAACCAGCCGAUCCGAGCAGCCGGCUUUUCCAAGCCAACGCCAAAGAUGUCACUAGCUGCAAAAGUGCCUGCAUCGUCAAGACCGCAUGAAGAUGUUAGUUCGGUGGAUGCUGACCUGGUGGUGCCCAACACACCAUACUUUCAAACAGCUGCACAACCCGCAGUGGCGCCAAAGACGCCGCCAGCCAUCAGUGGCAGGAGCACAGCACCCCCGAGCAAGCAAGCCAGACGCGCACCGCAGACACCGGCUGCCUUGAAGCAGUCCCCACCGCAGAGAGCAGCCCCGCGGACGCCAGCUGCACUAGCUAAAACUGGAACUGCAAGGCGCGCUGCUCCACAGACGCCCGCUGAACUUGCGAAGCCCAGGGCUGCAGCAGCAACUGACAAGCCUCCGGUGCCUAUGACGCCAGCGGCGAUGAAGACCAGGUCACGGCCCCAAAAAGCAAAGCCAGCAGAGGAGAGUCUGACGAGCCGUGGUCGCAUUGCAAGGUCUGCUGAGAAGUUAGGUAUUAUGCGCUUGUUUUGA